GUCGGAGCUUCAUUCGUGCCUUCCCAACCUCUGCCCUUCCUGCUCUCUUCUCCCACGAGAGGUGGAUUCGACUUGGCUUCUCUUCCUGCAGCUCGUCUGGACGAAAGACAGAGGCUCCAGUCCCAGUGACGCGUCGUUGAUUAGCCAGCGUUCUCGCUUCGCCGACUGUAUUAAUCAUUGAUUUCGUUCUGCCCCAUUCCUUCCGCACCUGCAUUUGAACCUUUUUCCCACCGCCCGCUGCCUGAGCGAUCGCCCAAUUUCGUUCCGCACCAAACCCUCUGGGGCCGGAAUAGCUGAUCGCUCAUCGGCGCCAUCGCAGUCCAUUCAUUCCAGUGCUCGCCCGAGCAGCCAGGUUCCUCUCUGCCCCAGGCCCACGGCGCUGUGAAAUACCAGCGUUGUGCGCCUUGCUCUCGCCGAGUCACCUGCCAAGAUGGAGGCAAACGGCGGUGGUGGCCUGGAGUCGCUGCUGGCGCAGCUGCGGAGGACCUCCAACCAGGAAGCUCCUCAGCAGCAGCACCAACACCAACACCAGCAGGCCCAGCACCAGCAGUAUCACAGCCAGCAGCAGCCGCCGCUCCAGCAGCCUCAGGCUCAGCAGCCGCAGCAGCGACCAGGCCAGAACCCGACCCAGGACUUGCUCGCCCAGUUCACGUCGUACCACCAGGCCAAUCCCGCACCCUACUAUGGCGGCCAACAGCAGCAGCCGCAACCGCAGCAGCCGCAGUCUCGCGGCUCGCCCCAGUACCCGGACUCGCCUUACAAUCCCGCCGCGCACGCGCCCGGCAUCAUGGAGUCGCACAUGCCUGCCGCCCCGUCGCCUCCGACCGGCGCCUUUCCCAACACCCAGUUCCCCCCGGGCAUGCCACUAUACGCACGGAACAAUAACAACAACAAUAAUAACGGACAGGCCCAUCGCUCGUACGGCGCCUCAUCCUACCCGCGCGAGGAGAGUGGCGACGCGAACAGCACUGAGCGCCAGGGAAACCUGCUCAGCCUGCUCAAAUUCAGCGGCUCGGGACAGGACCAGCAGGACGACGAGUAUCCGGCCCCCACCAUGCCUCCCCCGGCCCGGGAUGAGCCUGCUCGCGAUUCCCUGAUCCACGCCCCGGCUCCUGCGCCCUCGGAUCCGACUGGCCUCCUUGCUGCCCUUAUGAGGGGCACCGUCAAGGACGAGCCUCACCCGGAGCCCCACGUCCAUGCGCAGCCUCCCCAGCCGCCACAACAGGCCCAGCCCUGGAACUCGACUGCCCAGUCUGCCGAGUCCCAGCAGUAUCUGCUGAACCUGCUGAACCGCCCGAAACCCAGCCAGAGCGAGGCCACCUACACAUCUGCAACCUCGCAGCCGGAGCCGACCCCAGCCCACUCGAGCGAGGGCACUAGGGACUACACUCCCCACAGUCCCGAGACCGAGGUUCCUACCGCUCCCUUCGAGUUCGAGUCUCCCCAGCCAGCCAAGUACGAGGCGCCACCUCCAGUGCACGAUGCUCCCUCGCAACAGAAGCCGAACAUGUUCAGCUACAACAACCCAUUCGAAGAGCUUGCCCAGUCGUCUCCUCUGAACCGGACCCCAAAGGCCGCCCCUGGAUCUGCUAGCGGUGUUCCGAGCCCUGGUCGGACCGCCACCCUGCCUAUUCAGAUUCUGAAGAAGCCCGUGUCGUCGCCCGCAGGCUCCGAGAGCAAGCGCCAGCGCCAGGAGCCAACCCCGCGCGACACGCCCGAGCACUCUCGCCACCAGGCCGAGAAUGACAGUGCUGUCGACCGCGAGAUGGAGACUCCUGCUCCGCUUGUCGUUACCGUUUCCCCGCGACCCGAGAGACGCGAUGACAUGGCUUCCGACGACGAAGCCGCACAGGCUGCCCACGCCCGAGCUGAGCACGAGAAGGCCCAGGCCAAGAUCGAGCAAGACCUCGAGGCAAUGCUGAAGGCCAAGACUGAUCGCGAUUUCGAGGAGUCGGCCCAUGCUGCUGCGCAGGCCAUCAAGAAGGAGCUCGAGAAGGACUCCAAUAGCUCCAUCCUUGAGGAUACCCUCCCGACCGAGGUCGCGCAGGUCGUCAAGGAGAUUGUGGACGAAGCCGCCAACGCGCCCGUGGCGGACAGCUGGGAGAGCGCCGAGGCCGAGGCCGAGGCCGACGGGAUCGUUGUGGUCGAGGAGGACGAGGCUGAGACGCCCGUCGUCGUCUACAACCUCCCCAUGAAGCCAUGGAUUUCCAUCACGGUUCAGGACAUCAAGGAAGACAAGGACACGCGCCCCGUGUUUCGCGAGGAGGCUAUUCUCGACAUUGCCCGGCUCAAGAAGGAUUUUGACCAAGUUGACCGCAACUUGGUCACUGCCACAGAGAGCUACAUGGCAUACGGUAUGUCCAAGGCCGGCGGCCUGCGCGUGAUUCGGCAGAUGGACGGUAAGGACGCCAAGCUCUUCACCGACACCAAGGAUCGCAUCUUCAACCUUGCCAUUUCCUCGACCCCUACCGACCAGCCCGAUGUGAUCCAUAAGGAGGCAAUCAUCGGGACCGGCAUCAGCGGCACCGUCUACUGGGUGCAGGUCAAGGACGGCGAGAAGGAUCACCUGGAGGAUGCGCACCCGGAGCAGUACGGCUUCGCUCUCCCGCCCAUCACAUCACACGAAGGUGACGCCCCCGGUGGUGUGCUCAAGACCCGAGCCCGGACGUCGACCAACCACCCCGAAUACUUCGCCGUAGGCCGGGGCAAGUCGAUCAACAUUGUCUGGCCGGGCUUCAUCCUCAAGAACGGUCUGUUCAGGGCCGGCCAUGACCGCGUCGUCGACACGGAGCGUCUCGCCAAGGAGUGCUCUCUGAAGAUCAACACGGGCAAGGCUGGCAAGGACUUCACCUUCAGCCAGGAUGACACUACGAUUGUCUCGCUCGAUAAGUCGGGCCGAGUCAAGUUCUGGGACGUUCGCGAUCUCACUGCGGCGAAGGACGGCAGCGACUUUCCCGCGCACACAUGCCUCGAGGUCAAGGAACCUCUCAUGACCCUUACGACGACUCCCGAAGGGGAAAAGGCCUGGCCCACUUCUGUGCUACUCCUAGAUAAGCUCAGGCCGUACCAGAAGCGCGGGGCCCUUCGUUACAUGAUCGUCGGCAUGAAGCAGAAUCACACACUGCAGCUCUGGGACCUUGCCCUGGGCAAGCCCGUCCAAGAGUUCAAUCUGCCGCACGGCAAGGAGUCGGACGCCGUGUGCAGUGUCAUGUACCACCCUCCGACGGGCAUGGUUGUAGUCGGCCACCCAACGUGCAACUCGGUCUACUUCCUCCACCUCUCGGCACCAAAGUACUCGAUGAAGAACAUCUCCCAGGUCGAGUACAUCCAGAAGCUCACGGCCCAGGACUCGUCGAUCCCGCAGCCCGAGUCUACCGCCGUUAUCAGUGGCAUCCGCGAGUACUCGUUUGGCAACCGUGGCAUCCUGCGCAGCCUUGACAUCCUGCAGAACCCGACCAACAGCGAGGGCGACGACCAAGCCCUGUUUGAGCUCUACGGAAUGCAUUCCAAGGGCGUUACUUGCGUCGUUGUGAAGCAGGCCGAGCUUGGUUGGACGAGGGACAACAAGGUUAUCUCGCCCAAGAACGCGGUCGAGAGUGGUCUGGUUAAGAUUGACAAGCUCAAGGCGCCGCUGGUGCCCCAAGAGCAGCAGCCAGCAGGGUCACAGCCGCCUGCGCACGGUCUGGAGGAGUCGCAGCAAACCCAGCCUGUCGGAUUCAAGGCCAUCGUUCCUCGCCCUAACGGCAAGGAGACUCAGCAGCAGUCGACCUCGCCCGACGACAACACCGCGUCGCCUCGCAAGUCUGCAGAUAUCGCUACGCCCGCCAAAGCCAAGGAGGCCAAGGACGACGAGGCCCAGCCCACGCCCGCCGCCGAGAAGCCGGAGAAACAGCGCAACCGCAAGAAGAAGGGGGCCGCUGCUGCUGCCGCGGCCGCCGGUGCGGACCAAGGCCUUGCGGCCAACUCUAACGUGGCCAACGCCGUCUCGCCUCGCGUGGGCCCUGCCAAGACCGAGUUCAAGGCUAUCCCCGCGCCGCCUGUCAUCACCCAAGAGUCGCUCGAUGCCAGCAUCAAGACGAUGGAGCAGCGCAUCCGGGAACACCUCGCGCACGAUAUCCAGAACUCGCACAACAUCUUCGUCAAGAAGAUCGACACGGCCUCCAACAAACGCGAGGCCGACUUCGAGGACAAGUUCAAGGUGCUUCUUGAUAUGGUCUCAAGCGUCCUCAACGACAACACCCAGGAGGUUCUUGACCAUAUUAUCCUCAAGCAGUUCAAGACUACGCUUCUCCCGGCCAUGCGCGACGACAUCGCCAAGUCAAUCUCGGACCAGGUCACCACCAAGGUCUACAGCCAAGUCAGCAGAUCCAUCCAGGGCGAGGUGCAAAAUUCGCUGCCUUCCUCUGUCUCCAACGCGCUUCGGCAGCCGGACCUCAUCAAGGCACUGGGUGACGCUGUCGCUAGGACCGUCAGCCGCGAUGUUGCCGAGAUCAUUGAGCAUUCAGUGACUUCGCGAGUCGUCCCUCACUUCCCCAACAUUAGCGCCCAGGUGGCCAAGGCCAGCGAGGAGAUCGCCCGCCUCCAGCAGAUCCAGCGCGCCGAUGCUGCCAAGAUCGACGAGCUCGUCAGCUUGACUACUCGCCUGACCGAGACCGUGUCGUCGAUGGCUGCUGCGCAGAACCAGUUCCAGAGCGAGUUCCUCAAGAUGCAGGCGCCGGCUCCGCCCCAGCACAGCAGCCUCCACCAGCAGGCCCAUCACCAGCCAGCGCCUGCUGCCCUCCCUGCUGUCCCCCAGCACAUGCAGCAUCAGCACCCAUCACAGCAGCAAUACGGUGGCCAUGUGCACCAUCAGCAGCAGCACCAACAGCCGCCCUCGCAGUACUCGCAGCACUCGAUGCACCACCAACAGUCGCCCAACGCCGCAGCUGCCCAUGUGCGCUCCCAGGGCGGCAGUGUCGCGUCUGGCAUGGGCCCGCCAUCGUACCACAGCCCGAGAUCCCACUCGAACCAGGUCGCCAGCCCUUCGCACUCGCAUGGUCAUGUCUCGCAGCCGCAGCCUCAGGCUCCCAGCUCUGGAGUUGGGUCGCAGCUGGUGUACAUGCCGAGCAACCAGGAGGCACGCCUGCAAGCCGAGCUUGAGCAGGUUGUCUCGCAGAUCGAGGGGCUUAUGGCUAGUCACAACUUUGACGACGCCAUGAUGCGCUGGCUCCAGGCCACCCCGCACGAGCAGGAGGUGUUCAGGCGUGUGCUGAACAAGUACAACCCGGAUUUCAUCCACAACCUCCAGCCUUUGGUCCUUCUGUCUGUUGGCGCUACUGUCUCGCAGGAUCUGGAAGGGUCCGUUCUUCGGGAGAAGCUGGCGUGGAUCGAGAUGGUCCUCCUGGUCUUUAACCAGCUGCUCAUGAAGCAGGAAUUGGACGAGGAUAUCAUCCAGAUCACGCCCAAGAUCCUGGAGCUCAUCAAGACCAGGAUCGAAACGGUCUUUAUGCGCAUCAGCAACACGUCAGCCAAUGACUCGUCGCUCAAGAACCUCGCGCAGAUGAUUGCCCUGAUCACCCGCAUGGUCAACCAGAUCAAGCCCCGUCCCCCGUACUAAAGUUGUGCGGAUUCGGAGUUAUAAUAACUGAUGGAGGGAGAGGACUGGGGAGCUAUUCUGAAGGACUCGGCCUUGGCGCGGUGUCUUGCAUGACUAUCACAUCGAUCAAGUUCAAAUGUUGGCUUAGCAAACGGAGGAGCCGGGCGUUGCUCUGACUGACUGGAUUACUGUACAAAGUCGCGAGGUCGGAAAUAAUGGGGGCUUUUGUGGUUUGAGCUGCGAGAGCGGCACAAACUGCGAGUCCUGUUGCCUUCUGCCCCGCGGACUCAUUUUCUGCUUAUUUUCGAUCUUGGGUGGCUGGUCUUUGUGUCUUUGUAGUGUUUUAUUUCCUUAGCUGUGACUUGGGCGUUCGUUUUCUCUUUCUUUUUACACGCCGUAUUCAUUUCUCGUUGGCGAGCUUGCGGGGAAGGGAAAAGCACAGCCUUGGUGUUUCUCUGCUUACUACCAUGAUCCUGACCCACCACCUUCUGUUCUCCGUCUCUUUCUACCCCGAUCUUCCACAUCAUGGUCUCGCCGCGGCGCAUGUCUUGACCUCGUCUCGUAUCUCGUAGGCGCGGAUCCGGGAUGGUUUCGGUGAUUGGUGCCACUUCUUUUCUGUUUCUUCACCUUUUUUUCUGAUGAUGACAUUUCUACGAGAUCCCCUUUCAAGAUCCCCCUUCUUCCCCCUUUCCGACGCCCGCAUGAACACACGCAGAAUAAUAAUAUUAAACGCUGUCUCGACGCACAACCCUGGACAUUGGUGAUCUGUCUCGCC